AUGUCCUCCGACCCACGCCUGCGGAUGCGCGAAGCCUACGCGAACCGCACCGCGUCCCCUCGCCCGCCCGUCCCCGCUCCACCCGGCGCCGUUCCCGCUCCAGCACCUUCAUCCUACCCAGCGACAUACAACGGACCCCCAGCUUCCUAUGGCCAACCUACCCCUCCACCACCUUCGUCAUUGUACCCUUCCUACACACAGCAAUACCGCGGUCCGCCUCCUCCGCCCGCAGGGGGACUCGAGACGGUCGUCCCUCCUUCGAGGGCGACUCCGAUGGCUACUCCUCCGCCAAGUGCGAUGCGCGCUGCGUCGGCCACGAACGAGAAGGACAGGCAGGGAGGUGGGAAGAGGGUCACGUUCUGCGUUGUGUGCGCGAGUAACCAGAACCGCUCGAUGGAGGCUCACAACGUCUUGUCGAAGGCCAACUUCAAGGUCAUCUCGGCGGGGACGGGAUCGGCCGUCCGUCUGCCUGGACCGAGUAUCGACCGACCAAACAUCUACGCCUUCGGCACGCCCUACGAGCACAUGUACCAAGACCUAAAGCAGAAAGACGAGCGGUUAUACACGGCGAACGGGUUAUUGACGAUGCUCGACCGGAAUCGCAAGAUCAAGACUGCGCCGGAGCGGUGGCAGGAAAGCAGCAAGGUUGCGGACGUCGUCAUCACGUGCGAGGAGCGGUGUUACGAUGCGGUGAUUGACGACCUGCUGUCGAAGAACGGAGAGCUCAACCGACCUGUGCACGUCAUCAACGUCGAGAUUAAGGACAACCACGAGGAGGCGCUCAUCGCAGGAAAGGCGAUGCUCGAGCUGUGUUCGGCGAUCGAAGCAUCGAAGGACUUGGACAGCGAGAUCGACGAUAUCCUCGCGCGGCAGCAGGAGCGACAUCCGCACGAACUGUUGCACACGGUCGCGUACUACUAG